AUGACUGUCGACUACUUUGAACCUGUGACCCCGCGCUCCGAGACGGACGUAUCGACCUCCGCUGACGCGAUCGCGUCGAUUCCAGCCCACGCGAUUGGCAUUGCGCUAACCGCGCGCAAGCAGCUACGAGGUCAUUUUCUGACGCUGCCCGUGCCGCUGUUGCUCUUUGUCGCGUUUAUCGCGAUGGUACUGACCCACACGCCGAUCCAACGGGUCUACAUGGCCAACCACGGUGUCGCCACGACACUCAACCCCAAGGCGGACGUUGUGCAGUCCAAGACGGUGGUGAAUUUUAUGAAAAUCCGGUCGCUUGACGACAUUCCGCGCUGGGUCAACAACUCGGUGCUCCCCGCGCUCUUUACAAACACGUCGCUGAACGGCUCGGUUUUGCCGCGCGAGCUUCGCGGCCGCGUGAGCUCGUACCAUGCGCUCGUUGGUGCUGCGACCUUCUUGACAUUCAACACCAACGCGACCGAGUGCCCGAGCGCGACCGACCUUGCCGCCAACUACGGACCGUGCUAUGACUUUGAUGUCGAAAUCGACGUCGACACGCCGGGCCCGCUGAGCUGGCGCAACAUGCGCUACAUUCCGUGGAACUCGCUGUACAUUGCGGCGGCGAACCCCGACCCGUAUGGUCGCUGGCAGCGCUGGCUCCGAGAGAGUGCGCAGAAAAACUAUGGUCUCUCGAUCACGACGCGCGAGUUUGUCGUCAAGAUCACAACGUACAACGGCCAGCUCGACCUCUUUACGUACCAGCGCUUUCGCAUUGAGGUCGACGAAGGCGGCGCUUGCAACCCGAGCUACAAGGUGCAGAGCAUCCCGACCAACCCGUACACCACGUCGCAUCUCAACCUUGCACUCGACGUUCUCGUGUGGCUGCUCGUGCUGUACGUGCUCUUUCGCCGCGUCAAAGCGCUUCUGCGCCAAGUGCGAGGCCACGUACCGUGGUCGUGCAGCCUCGGCAUCGCGCUCGUCGAGUGGUGCUCGAUCGCUACCGUCGCGCUCUACUAUGUCGCGUGGUUUCACAUUUGCACCAAAUUCUUCAACUCGGGCCUCGAGACCCAGCUGCGGACGCUCAACUCGUUUUAUGACGAGUUGUACUUGCUCCCCCUCGAGUCCAACCAAACACAGCAGCCUGGUCAAGACUACCAGCGCCACCGCAUGGAGUCCAACACGCAGCCGGAUUUAACGGCCCUCCUCGACUCGUUUGGCGGCGCGAUCAACUUUGUGUACGUCGUCUCGAUUGUCGCCUGUCUCCAGCUUGCCAUCCAUGUCUUGGCGGCGUUCCAGUUCCACCCGACGAUGAACGUGUUGACCAACACGAUCGUGACCAGCAUCAAACGCCUUGGAUCGUUCCUCUUUGUGUUUGGGCUCGUCGUCCUCUCGCUCGCAACGUCCGGAUGCUUGCUCUUUGGCCCUCAACUCGAGGAAUUUAGCAGCCUCGACAAGUCGCUGGUCACGUGCACCAACAUGCUCUAUGGCGGCUUGAGCUACGAGCUCAUCAAAGACGUCAACGACCUCGCCAUUGUGUGGUUCUGGGCGAGCCAGUCGAUUGUCUAUAUGGUGCUGGUCAACAUCAUGCUGGCGGUCGUCAUUACGUCACACCAAGAGAUCGUCGCCAUCAACUUUGCCAAACGGUCGUUUGUGGACGAGUUCUUUCUCGUGCUGCGCGACGUUCUCAAGAUCUACCUCUUGCGCCGCCCCGACCUCUUCCAGAAGCUCACCGAUCGCAUGCCGUUCGAGCCGCACCGCAACGUGUGGACCGCCGAUGACGUGGCAGCGACGCUUGUCAUCUCCAACCUGCGCGCCACGCGGCUCAUCCGCAAGCUCGAGCACUACGCCACCUCGGUCGACGUUGACGAGCCGUCGGUGGUGCGCUCAACAAUGUUGGAUGCGCGCAGUGCACCGUGUGGUCAUUGCCACGAGAUGGAGACCAAGAUGCAAGCCAUGGACGCCAAGCUCGCCUUCUUGAUCGAGCACCUCACAAAGAAGCCGUCGUAUCUCGUCUAA